AGCCUUUUUUCAGUGGCCGAGCGGUCAAGAAUACGCGUCCCGCGGAGUCCCGAAGCUAUCCAGCCAAACGCUCUUGUUGAUGUUCAAGGUUUUGGGGUUGGCUUUGUUGCCGGUGGCUGUGGCGUAUGUCCGUUCAGCAACAGCUGUUCCGGGCCUCACGGUCGCCGGGAACGUGAGCAGUCCUCAAAAGGUGGGUGUCUACAGCACGAUGCUCCAAAUGAUCAACCCGGGCCUUGGUGAGUUGAAAUUGACCCUGGAGUGCUGUGGGGAAGCACAGCCGCUGGCCGAUGUGGCCAUGAACAAAAUCAACUUGAACCAAUACACCGAGCCGAUCGAAGAGAAGGUGAAGAGAGACUUCGUUGGAAAGGGCAAGUGCAGCGCUCUUGAAGCAAAACAAGCGAAUGUGACCAAGGGGAAAGCCAAGUGCACCUAUCUCUACGACUAUGCGGACAAGAAUUGGCAAAAGUACAAGUACUCUGCCUACUGUGUGCCCAGCGAUGUGCUCUCCAAUUUUGCCGGGCCGCAGAGCACGAUCAUGGGCUACGUCACGGUGGAGCGGGGCAUGAACCGCAACGCCGGAGAGUUGGUCUACACCGCCAGAGGCUUCAUCUCCUGGUGCUACAAUGCCAUGAACCAGG